AUGGCCCGCAGGAAGUCUCACAGCGAGAGGCAGGGGGAUAGACCCAAGAAUCCAAGGUUCGACUUGAGCACUGACCCUCGGUUUGGAUCGUGGACCAGUAGCAACGGGGUUUGCGCCGUAUGCAAGCCAAUAAAGUUGCCCGAGGGCCUGUAUAUCAGGGCCCAGAGACAGCAGGGAGCUAAGGAUAUUGCCCGUGUCUGGGGGGGUACUGGGCCCCCCAAGAGGGCUUGCACAAAGACGGCGGCGCAACGACAGGUUGCUCGUAUUCAGGCGUGGUCUAGCAAGGCGGACGCCAAUGGGUUCGUUCCCCGUUACAAAGAGGCGUUCCUUGUGCAACGGGGACUGGGCUUUGCUAAGAACCCGGUGUCGAACGGGGUCGAGCGGGACUAUCCGCACCUCUGUUCGCACAGAUCGCGGGGUGUGUUAUUUUUUCCCAACAGGAAGAAGAACGGGGCGGGCAGCGCGGGGGGACAGGUCUUGCCUCAUGGAGUCACGCGGCGGCGGAUAAGGCACUGGGGAGUCUGA